AGUUUGAAAUAACUCGCUUGGCUCAACUCAGUCGAGCACGAGAACACCGAGUGGUUUGGCACUUAUCAAACAAAAACCGUCUCAAUGAGAGUUGUAUCAUCCCAUCAAUAAUUAUAAGUUUCACUCGCUUAGUGCCGUCGCUCGCUCGACCGGUAUCAGUUUGAGUGUGUAACCGACGAGUCGCGGGGUCUAGGCCGGUCACAAAGAAAGUCGUGCGUUCCACAUACACCACAUCCAAACUUAAGUCACAUGGACUUGACUUGACUCACUUGACUCCACUUUCGUGUCGUGUGGAGUUGAUGCAGUUGUGCGCUUACCACACCAUCAUCGAAAACAAACGACCCGUCAACAAUAAAAAUAAAAUUAUCAAAAUGUUUUUAAUUUAUUUAUAGUUAUGGUGCGGAACGUGUCGGUGUGCUGCUUAGCGUCCUCGACAGUGCGUGUUGUGAACAAUAAUACAAUGUAUUUGUGAUAAAUGAGUAAACUAAAGUUAAUUCUGAGUCAGAUAAAAUGCGUGAUAACCGAAGUGCAAUGUGGGAUGAUUAACACAUCAGAAUUAAUUCAAGUUAUAACAGACACUGCACGCAAUUAACGUUCAAUAAAAAGAAUAUUUUGAGGUGUAAUUCAAUCAAUUUCUCACAGGUGGGGACAUCAAUACUGAACGUGAUAUAAAUAGACAAAGUGGAACACAAUGGAUCUCUGGAAGAAAGCGAAGAAAUGGUAUGAUUCCAAACAAACUCCCAAAGACAGUUCAAAGAACAACACUCCGCCAUCGGGAUGGAUUGACGAUGGUUUGGAAACCGAUGCCGAGUACAAAGAACGAUGGUUUUCCAUUUAUAUUAUUUAUUUCACCAUGUUUCUGAUAUCGCUCGGUUUCGGUAUUAUUCUGACCGGUGUCUGGCCAUAUUUAGAUAGACUUGAUCCUACCGCGGGAAAAGAGUUUAUGGGUUACGUGGUAGCAGCGAAUCCGUUUGCCCAAAUGUUGCUUUCACCCUUGUUUGGCUGGUGGAGCAACAAACUGGGUUCCAUAAGACUGCCUGUCAUGUCGUCCCUGGCGGUUUUUACUAUUGCCAGCGCUAUGUAUUCGUCUCUAGAAGUAGUUGCAGAUCAUCGAAAAUAUUGGAUGUUGUUUACUAGAUUAUUGGUUGGGGUCAGUUCAGCUUGUAUAGCACCAUGUCGAUCUUACGUCUCUGCUGCAACAAGAUUUACAGAACGAACCAAAGCAGUCUCUAUGAUCUCCUUAGCUCAAGUAUUGGGCUUUGUUAUAGGCCCGGCGAUCCAAACUAGUGUUGUACCUCUUGGUAACCAUGGUUUCUGGCUGAUUAAGAACUUUAUUAAGCUAGACAUGUACACUGCCUGCGGUUGGAUCAACGUUGUGAUGUCCAUCUUCAAUUUUUGCCUCUUUAUGCCCAGAUUCUUUAAGGAACGUCGCAUUGCAACGAAAGAAGCUAUGUUGAAACAGGGUGUCAGCACUGAAAACACAUAUGAUGCUCCGGAUUAUUUGUCAGCGUGGACUCUAAUCAUCGCUUUCUUUGUUCUCGUAUUCAAUUUUAUGUUACUGGAAACUCUUGGAACCUCCUUGACGAUGGAUCAAUUUGCGUGGACGAAAAGCGAGUCUUUAAAAUAUAUGGGUAUUAUGAUGUUUAUUGGCGGGAUUAUUUCUAUUAUUUGCUUCAUGAUGAUAUCGCCACUUACUGAGUUCCCAGAACAUAAAGUUAUGAUCUGGUGCGGGUUCUUCUUCAUGGUAGUGGGACGCCUCGUGCAUAUUCCAAUGGGGGAUGCUCCACCUGUGAUCUAUGAUGAUUCUUUAAGAGUUCUAAAUCAAUGUGAUAAUACAACAUUUUUGCCAAUUGUUAAUGAGACAUAUGUAGACACCACAUUAGAUUAUUUGAAUGUGACUACAGUUCCUCUUGGAAUUUUGAAAGAUGAAAUUUCCUGUAAUAAUACUCUUGAGACUAUUGAAUUAUUGGGGUGUCCAUCAAGUCAAAAGUGGUGUGAAUAUACCAAUGCAAUGACACUCACACAGUUCAUAGCCGGCUAUAUUUUUACUUGUUUUGGAUAUCCGAUUGGUGUGACGUUGAUUCAAACAAUCUUCUCGAAGAUUCUUGGACCUCGUCCGCAAGGUGUGUGGAUGGGAUUACUCACAGGCGCAGGAUGUCUCUCCCGUGUCAUGGGACCUGUAUUUGUUACUUACAUCUACACCGAGUUCGGUACUUAUUGGACUUUUGGAUUUACAGCAGUAAUGAUGAUUGUUUCUAUGAUUUGGUUGGUGUUUUUUACCGAUAAACUGGAAGUAAAAGAAAAGGUUAAAGAGGAUGUUGAAGAAGCGACUGAGUUGAAUAAUUUUGUUACGGUUUCAUUACCGAAUGUCAAUGAGAUUGCAAACUAAACAAAUUUAUAAAAUAUUAUAUUACUGACGCUAGUAUGACAAAGACAAAUCGGUAUAAUUCUACCAUACGUAAUGUUAUUGUUAGGAAUCGUGCCAAAAAUGUACUUAUAUUCAUAUCAUGACUUAAUGAGACAUGUAAAACCAACAACGAUAAAGAUUAUUAAUUUCAUAAAUAAUUCAGGCAAGUUACAUCACUUUUUAUUUUUACAAAUAAAACUUUGAAUUCAAAUUCCAAAUUAAACACGCAUAAAUAGAAUCAUAAAACAGAGUGAUUUCAUCAAAUAUAGAUAUAUUUGUUUAAAAAUAAAUAGAUUGUAUAUUUUAAGUCAUAAAUUGUUUAUUUGAAGAGCUCAAGUGAAAGGCAUGAAUAUUCGACAUGUGUCGGUGACUUUACAUGUAAAAAUCAACAAUGCAAUGAACUUUGUAUUUUUUAUACAGAAACUGGUAAAAUAAAAAAAAAUAAAAAUUUAAGUUUAUAA